GGCGAUAGGGUUCGGGUCAGAAACGAGAAGAAGUAAAUAACAAGCUAUCCAUAUAUUUAUAUAGUCAGUAUUCAGCUUGAUCUCGAAGAGCCACAACUUGGAGAAAGACUUUUGGACUUGUUCUAAAUCUCGGAUUUUUUAAAGAAGUUUUAAAAAAAACAAUGGAGAAAGUUUUUUUGCUCGCGUUCCUUACAUUUGUAAGCAUUUCUCUGGUCCAGAGUUAUUGCCCCGCGGAGUGUAACUGCCCCGCCGAGCCACCCCUAUGUGCCCCGGGGGUAAGUGCGGUGCCGGACGGCUGCGGCUGCUGCAAAGUGUGCGCCAAGCAGCUGAACGAAGACUGUGGUCCGGCCCAGCCCUGUGACCACCACAAGGGACUGGAGUGCAACUUCGGGGCGGAUCAGACGAGCUACCGGGGCAUCUGCCGAGCCAAGCUGGAGGGCCGCACCUGCGAGUACAACGGCAGGAUCUUCCAGAACGGGGAGAACUUCCAGCCCAACUGCAAGCACCAGUGCACCUGCAUCGACGGGGCGGUGGGCUGCGUGCCCCUCUGCCCCAGCGAGCUGCCCCUGGCCUCCGCGUCCUGCCCCAACCCACGCCUCGUAAAGGUCCCGGGACAGUGCUGCGAGACGUUCGUGUGCGACAAGGAGGUCAAGAAGCACCACGGCAACAAGGGCCCUAGCAACGGAGCCAGUCUGCCCGGCAACGCCUAUAGCAACGAACUCUACGACUUCGGCAAGCAGCGCGGCUACAAACACCUGGCCGCCUGGAGGCCUCUGUUCGAAGGUCGCUUCCUGCAGAAGAAGUGCAUCCUCCAGACUACGGACUGGUCCCAGUGCUCCAGGACCUGUGGGAUGGGCGUGUCCACCCGCAUCACCAAUGACAACAGCCAGUGCAAGCUGAAGAAGGAGACGCGCCUUUGCAACGUGCGACCCUGCUACCAGACCCAGGUCACCAAGCUCAAGAAAGGGAAGAAGUGCACUCACACCCGUAAAGCCAAGGAGCCGUUGCACCUGUCCUACGCAGGGUGCAAAAGCACGCGCCGCUUCCAGCCCAACUACUGCGGCACCUGCGUGGACGGCCGCUGCUGCGCGCCUCAGAGGACCCGCACGGUGAGCGUGCGCUUCGUCUGUGAGGACGGAGAGGCUUUCGAGCGCAAUGUGAUGAUGAUCCAGUCCUGCAAGUGCAGCUCGGAGUGCAGCCAGCUGAACGAGGCCGGCUUCCAGCCCUAUUACAGGCUGUACGGGGACAUGCACAAGUUCAGUGAGUGAGAGGGGUCCGGGCAGACCACACAGAGAGGGAGAAGAGGAGAGAAAAUCCAACAGCACUGAAACUGGAAGGACUGUGUGUGUGUGUGCUUGUGUGUGGCUGUGUUCAAAUGGCAUUGGGGGAAACCAAAAGGGAAACGCCAAGUGUAUCUUUCUUGCACUCUACAAACACUCCUGAGAAGAUACAGAAUGUACAGCGAGGCUGGAUGUCUGCUGACCGGAGUUAGCCGUCAAGGUGCGCCCGCCCCCUUCUUUGGGACUAGUAAACCCUGUCGCGCAGCUUCUUGCCCGUUCUCAUGUUCGGUGGCUGUGAUUCGUGUUUGUAUGAACAGUACAGUGUGUUCUCCAGUGAUGCUGUACUUUACAGGUCUUUCUGAAUCUCUAACUCAGCCUAUCCCUCCUCUGAAAGCAGUGAUCCUAUACUACUAAGACUGGAAAGCAAAUGUUUAAAAAAAGAGUCUGAAGUCCUUCAAGGAACAAAAUGGAUCCGUCCGUCUGUGGAAGGCAAUGGAAUGGAGCGUGAGAACGGGGCCUCAGGUUGAUCUCUAGUCACUUGUAUCGACACCUGUUGUAACCCCCGCCACACCCUGCUUCGAACUCUGAAACAAGUGCUGGGAAUGCUAGGGGGGAGAGCCGAGAGCCACGCAGACGACAGAGUAAUGAAGUCCUGGUUCAGGCCAGAAUGGCGGCUAAUUACAAUACCAUAGCCAUCGUUACAAAGUUCUUGUAAAUGCUCUCCCCAGACACUGUUUUGCACGCUGCAGUGGAACAGUAGAAGUCCUGUUAGAAUCCACCCUAAACGCUACACUCUGAAGGGAAGCAGCAGUGUAUUUUUUUCUGCAUAUCUCUGGUCCUUAUUUGUUUUUUCCUUUCGAUUUAGAUACUAGAUUUUGCACAGAAAAGCUUCAAAACGCUGUUGUUUUGGAACUAUGAAAAAUGAGCUUCUUGUUUUGGAGCGGUUUCUUAUACAACCCUUUGUAAGACUUGUUCAUAUUGAAUUGAUGGUAUGUUGUUGUUCUUUGUGUUGUUAAGUAUAUGAGAGUGCGCUGUGGGGAGGGUGUUCAUUUCUGACACAGGUUUAAGCCGGGGCACGGCUGACAAGCACUUCUCCUUGCUUAGAGGUGCUUUUAUUUUACUUUUGUUUUGUUCCCUAUACAAUGAAUUCUGCCCUGUGCUAUUAAACUAUGGCCUUUCUAUUUAAAAAAGUAAAAGGGACUGAGACUCUGUCAGUGAGUACAUGACACUAGCAUACUUGAAAUAGAAUGUAUUGUGUAUACAUUAUUGUAUACUGGAGUUUUAUGAUUCUUAACUCUGUUGCAUAGAAAUAUAGUGGGAGGCUCCUAGAUGGAAAUGAACAGUGCAUUUUAUAUUGGAAGCGUCAUUCAGUGGUGUGCAUUUGUACAGAACAGUGCUGUGCUUUUAACAUUUCUAUGAAACAAUUAUUUUAAAUAUAUAUAUAUAAUAUAAUUAUUUUGGUAAUGCUUUAACAGCUGCAAAUUCCUUGGAGAUUCACGGAAUUGCAUAGGAGUAGCAUCUAAAUAACAAAUAUAUAUAUAUAUAUAUAUUGAAGCCCUAAAGUCAGUUUUGAAAGCUCCUGAAGUGGUAGCGCACAGGGACAGUGUGCACACGUGGAGCUCGGGGGUUUGGGGCUGUUGAAAGCAGAAGCGUUCUUUUCGAUUGCACAGUGUCCAUACAGCGACUCUGCACUGGCAUGGUCUGGGUCUCUCUCUGUUUAUACAGCCAGUAGGAGGAAAGUCCUUUAGAUGUGGCUGUGCCUUUUGUACAUCAUGUAUUCUAUUUCAUGCAAAUGAUCAUUCUAAACCCCACGGCUCCGUAAUUACACUGCGUGUACAUCUCUGUGUAUUUUGUAUUUAUCGAAAAUGUAGCAUCUGUUUUAUUUUGGAGAUAAAUAUUAAUAAUAUAGUGGGUUUUGUUUUGUUUAUUAUAUAUUGAACUGCUAUUGUUGUUUAUAUUAAUUGUUAUUGUUGUUUUUUUAAUUAUUGAAUAAUAAAUUUAUUUUAUAGAUAA